GUAGAGUACAAAAGAAGUGAAUACGUUGGACUGGACGGAACCCAACGAAUCGGAUAAACACGGUAGGAUUUCGGUUGCUAUUGUAAACUGAUUCAACCGAUUGCUAUCCCAGAUUAGAAGCGAAGGACAUUUUUUAUUGAAAAAGUAUUAUUACUAACUUAGUGGCUGAUGUGUGUGCUGUUUGUCAAAUGAUCCAGAUUAUUUAGUCCGCCAGUCCGCCCAGUAACUAUUUGAUCGCUCACCAUGAAAAUCUGGAUGACGUUAUCUACUGCUGUUGCAUUCGUGAUUCUAUCAAUCCUGUUCUCGCCGGUAGUUAAGGCCGUCGCAGUCACGUCCGUUGUGACGAGCACCGUCACAACGACCGUCACAUCUACGAACAAACAAGUUUGUUGCCAGUUGGUGAACGUUACUGGCGCCUGUCGUCGCCGGCGCAACUUUGAAUUUAUCGACAAGCCAGAGAUCUUGACAUUUGACGAAGAUAUUGAAGACGAUGUCGACGUUGCCCUAAAAAAUGUGUUCCACAGUUCCAAUCAGUUUCUACCAACCAAAACGCUCGGCAUGGAGAUGACACCGCUGAUUGUGCUGCCGAUGAAGUCGAAUGGAUUCGCGCCUACGAGACAGGCCAUCCAGCCAUCAUUGCCUAUGUUUCUGUUUGGCCGCAGAAAAGGCGCUUACCAAGAUGAGUCUCAACAAAAUCGUUUUCUCUUCUCGUUCUUCGGCCCGCUUUUACGAAGGCCUACCUCAACAUACACAACGUUUUCAACUGAAACCAAAACGAUCGUCACGACUACUAGCGCCAGUUUUUUUAUUGUCGGUUGUACCCCGCGACCUUUUCCUUUCAAGAUUUGCCCGACGAAACGCGGGCGAUUAUAACGAGCCAUACAUGCAAACCCAAGCUCAGCUUAAAGACGAUCGAUAUGCAAUUUAAGGUAGGACUAUACAGUGUGUUCCACAAAGGGAAAAAUAUCCGAUAGACAAGAAGGGUGAUCACAGCUAUGGAUAAUUUUAAGAAUUUACCAUACCGGUAUGAUAUUUAUAUUGAUUAAAAUUGUGUCCAUAUUUUACACAACAUAAAAAGUGGAACUAAAUUUCCGAAAUAAAAUACAAAUUCUAUUUAUUACAAUAUUCAAGGAUAUUAAGAUCCAUCAUUAUUAGGUAUUUUAUCAUUCGAAAAUUAAAGUUGCUAUCGAUGUAAGCAUAUUAUAUGUAUAGUGUAAAUACGUUAUUACAUUAUUGCAAUGUUUUCCGAUCGCAAUAUUUCUUGUUCGAUAGUUAAUGAAAAAUACAAGUGGAUUUACAGUCGUUUUUCGUUUGAACUUUGGAUUAAAUAUUAGAUGAAAAUACGUACAGUUCACUGCUGCUCUCGUGGUAAGCAAUUGACAGAAAUCCUUUCUCUUAAUUUAAAAUAUCCGAGUUUUACCUGAGUCACAGACAAGUAAAGAGUUCCCAGAGUAGCUUUAUUGUUUAUUAAAAUCGGUCGUCAUAUGAUAGAUGAUAUAGAUCGCAGUUUUGAAUUUCAAACGAAAUCUAAUAUAUUCGCUUGGCUGCGUGAAGAAAAAGCUC